AUGGCCAAGAUGAACUCAUGUUUUCAGUGCUGCUGCACUAUUAUAUGCCGUAUGUUAAACAUGAGAUUUCUCAAAUGGUUUAUGAUCAUACUGUGCUCGCUGGCUACCGUGAUGUUUUUGACCUUGCUAAUAUUGGAGGUCAAGUUUGAUCUGGGUGAAAAGUCUGAACAUUGGCACGUAUUUUACGUGGUGCUAUUUGCAUUUGGCAUUGGCGUAUGCGGUACAACAGCCUAUGGCGCUUGUAGGGAGCGUGGUCGUUUAAUGAGAUUUUUCACCUUGUUUCUGUUGGUGAAUAUAUUAUCGGGAAUUGCGUCCACUGUUAGAAACAAUGACCUCUGGUUUUACCCGAUUGUGUCGUUUGUAUUGUUUGUGAUCUGCGGCUCAUAUGUAGAAGAGGUUUGCCGUAAAAACAAGCAAAAUGUUGAAUCGCUCAGGGACGUUUCAAUUACGGUACAAUCCGCUCCGCAGACAUCAGGUGUGCCCACAGUAUGUCCCACACGACCAGACCUGGAGACUCGGGUCAAAGCUUUACUUGACUACACGGCCGACAAUAUUAAACGCUUUGAGUCCAACAAUCUGGCCAAGGUCAAUAUUUCGUACGACCUAGCCACUUUGGCAAACGCUCUUGAUAGUAUUGAUGAUUUGAGUUGUAAAAUAUAUGAUGCACCAACCGAUGAUCAAAGUAACCUGGUGGAUUUAUGCGGCAAAUUAAUGCAUUGGGAACAGUGGACACAGGGCUGGAUUAAAAUGAUGGACGAUUAUAUCAGGAUUGGUUAA